AUGAAACAAUCGAAUUUACUAAAUUUUUUUGGUAAAAAACACGAAGAUUCAUCAUCUACAUCCUUACAUAAAUCACCAAAUACAGUUAUUGAACUUAAAGAUUCAAAGCAGUCUAGUUGUAAUGAAAGCUUUAUCAUUCCUGGAACACCCGAUUCUACUGACAGAGCUUUAGAAAUUUCGUUAACUGGUAGAGCAAGUUUAAGAACUGUACAAAUAGAUAAGGUCUCAUCCCCAAACUUACACAAACGCAAGAUUGUUGCUCGUCGUUCAUCACUUACCGUUCGUCGUGAUGAGAUUGUUCAGUCGAAGCUGCAUGAUCUACUUUCUAGUGAUCCUAUCGAUGAGAAUGAAAAUCAACAAAUGUGUUCCAACAGACAAGCACAAGUUUCAGCUAAGCUUCGCCGGGGAAACUAUGACCAUCUAAAUUAUGCUCCUCAGGAUCAGAUCAUGAAAGCAACAUCAAAGGAAAAUGAAUUCAAAGAUUUAAUAUCUCAUCGUUCCGCAAUUACUAGUAACCGUGCUAAAAUGAUGGUUUCUACGGCAUUACUUACUCGUUCGACAUCAAAGCGCAAAGCUACUGAAAUUUCAAAUGUUCAUUCACCAGAUUUAUCAAAUAACCGAAAGUUAAAAAAAUGUAGCGUUUCUAAUCCUGAAGGUACAAUUAACCCAAAAGGGGAUACAAAUUCAAAACAGCCUGUUCCUAAAGAAAUCCACCUCAAUACUGAAGAAUUAUCCGCAUUAGAUGACAUUCUAGACCAACUUGUUCAAAAAGAUAACUUACCUAGUCAUAUGCCUCUUGAACAGGAAACAAUCACUUUAGAUUCAUCACAAACAAAUUGUCACAUUGAACAUAACGCACAAUCCCCUGUACAUGAUGAAACAUUUCAGUCACUGAAUUUAAGUGAUUGGUCACCUGUUAAGGAAGAGUCCACCAUGUUAAAACAACAGGAUACUAUUGACGAUCAGUUAUUUCGAAUUCCGGAACAAUCCGUUUUACGUGGAACUGUUAUGGAGAUAAAUAGCAAAUGUGACCAAAGUGAAUUGAUUGUCCAGUUAGAUGAUGUUAGUUGUACAACUGGUAAUAAAGCCGUAAUAAAUAUCAUCCUACGUGAUUCCUGGUUGGAUUCACCUAUUCGAAUAAAAGAUACUAUAAAUAUCAUUCCAAAUAUAUUUGGUGAUAUAAAAAAUGCUGUAUAUAAUAAUUCUACUUUAAUUAUAUCAGAUAAUAAUAAUAAUAAUAAUCAGACUCAUAAUGAUUGUUCAGCAAUAUGUUUAUAUCCAAAUUAUUUAUUACCUACUACAAAAGUUGUCAGUAGUUUAAAUUGUUUAAGACGUGUAGUAUUGGAACAAUUUUGGAUUACAGAUGGUGGUUAUCAUGAGGAUAAUGAAAUUACAAAUCAAACUUAUAAUUGUUCAUCUGAUAUUAUGUUGAUGGGUAGUUUAGUGCAUGAACUUUUUCAAAAGAUAAUUUCUAGAAAAAAUAAUCAAAAAGAUGAUGUUUUACAAAUUAUUUCGGGACUCAUUUUUCGUCCUUCAGUAGUCUUACAAAUGUACGCUUCUGAUAUUAAACCAAAAACGUUGUUUACAAAACUGGAAGAGUUUAUUCCGAAAAUUUUUGACUGGACCCAAACACACUGUAUUCAACAGCUGCCUUAUCAUACCAGUAUGCCAGUUAAUCAAGUGAAAGUAGAAGAUGUCAUUGCUAUUGAAGAAAAUAUUUGGUCAAGUCGUUUUGGUUUGAAAGGAAAAAUUGACUCGACAUUAUUAUGUGAAAUUCCUUUGAUUGGUGAAUUAAAACCUACGUUAAAUGUAAUUCCUAUGGAAUUAAAAACUGGUAAUCCAUCUUAUUCAAUUGAACAUAAAGGUCAAGUCUAUUUAUACUUACUAUUGGCUAGAGAAUUUUAUGGUUCGCAUUACGAUACGUUUAAAUAUAAAAGAGUUCCAGUUGCAAAUGCUGGUUGGCUUGUCUAUCUGAAGGAGCCAAUGAAACCGAAUUUCAAAAAACAGAGUUCGUACACAAAUCCCGGAAUCCUCUAUCCAGAUAUUAAUAGUUUUCGUGGUCUUUUACAGAUGAGAAACAGGUUGGUCUCAGGAAUUGUCGAUCUACUAAGGUCAGCUAAUGCUUCUUAUGAGCAACCAGAUGUUGAUAUUCAGAAACUUAAACUACCUGGUUGUAUAAAUCAACUACGUGUUUGUCAAACUUGCAGUCUACAGCUAACGUGUAGUUUAUUUGCAGAAAGUCCUACAAAACCGCAUUCAAAUGCAUGUGAUUCAUUUUCCAGUGUUCAAAAACUUCUCAUAAACAAUCGGUCUCAUCUUCAACAAGAGUACAUUAACUUUUUUAUUAAAUGGUCUAAACUCUUAUUGACAGAAUAUAUGGAUAAUGAACGUUUCGAAGAUGUGAUCGGAAACAUAUACAAGACAUCUUUAAAAGCUGACAAACUCAUCACUAAUGGUACUAUUCGUGGUUUACGUUUAAUGAAAACGAAAAUUUCACAAAGUUCAAUAUCUGGUGAAUGUGAAGUUCAAAGUUGGUUUAUUUUACACAAAUCCAUUGAUCAACCUUAUGAUGAAUCCUUAUUAUCCCUUUCAAAUCUCAGUAUUGGUGAUUUUGUCAUUGUCAGCAGUGAUGAUUCUCGUUUUCUUGGUAUCGAGUUAGCAACUAUUGCUCCAGUUGAAGGAUUUCAUGAAUUUGAUUUUACUGAUUAUGAAUCGGUCCCACCAGUGUCGGACUAUAAGAAAUAUGCAUUAUCUCUCAUUUCAACUAGGUCAUUUCCUGAUCGAAUUAAAUUGUUUCGUAUUGAUCGUUAUGUGUCAAUGAAAGCAAUUCAGUUGAAUUUAUCCAACUUAGUGGGUCUAAUGCGGAAUUCUAAGUUAUGCCAUUUACUACGAGAGCUUAUCAUUGAUGGUCAUACACCGGAUAUGUUGAAAACAAUAUCUAAGAAGACUGUUAAAGAAAUACGCUUUAUUCUGAAACCAUUGAAUAUAAACCAACGUACAGCUAUAUUGCAAUCACUGUUCUCAAAAAAUUAUCUUCUAAUCAAAGGAUAUCCUGGAUCAGGAAAAACUGAAACUUUGAUAGCAUUAUUACGUGUACUUAUUAUAUUGAAGAAAAAAAUUCUUGUCACAGCACAUACUCAUUCAGCUGUUGACAAUUUACUUGUAAGAUUAUGUCAAACUGGUGAAACUCGUAUUAUUAGACUUGGACAAAUGGAUCGUAUACAUGCUGAUUUAUUAAAUUAUUCAUUUGAAUAUAAAUUAAAUAGAUUUCUGAAAUCUGAUGAAAAAAUCAAAAAUAAUGUAAUUGAUUACAUAAAUAACAUUAUGAUGGAUGCUGUUGUUGUUGGAUGCACAGCAUUAGGCGCAAGUGGAGGAAAUGACCAACGGCAUGCAGCUUUGACAUAUCAAAAAUUCGAUGUUGUUCUAAUUGAUGAAGCUAGUCAAUUAAUGUUUCCUACUACUCUGGGACCAUUACUAUGCCUUACUGAAGAGCAACAGCCAGACUCUAUCAAUUGUUGUCGUUUUGUACUGGUUGGUGAUCCUUAUCAGUUGCCUCCUUUAGUUCGUAGCCAAAAAGCUAGAUUUGGUGGUCUUGAUCAAAGUCUCUUUUCCAUAUUAUUAAAUCAUCAUAACCAUGACCAUCAUAGUCCAUCAACAGUGAAUUCCUCAGUGGAAUAUUCAAAGAAAGGGUUCAUAGUGGAAUUAACCAUUCAAUAUCGUAUGAAUUCCAAAAUUUUAGCAUUAUGUAAUCAUUUAACGUAUAAGAAUAAAAUAUCUUGUGCUAAUUCGUCUAUAUCCCAAGCUACAUUGAAGUUAAACUCUAAUCUUAUCUCAGAUAAAAUAUUGGACAAAGCAAACUGUGAUUUGCCAUUAUGGAUAAAACGUGUAAAAAGUCCACUUCUAGCGGAUUCUGUAUUACUUUUAGAUACAAAGAUGCUUGAUUGUUGCACCGUUUCUCCAAAUGGAUCUCGUACAUCAAACUCGAAUCCUGUUGAAGCUCAGUUAAUUCUCUACAUACUAAAAGAAAUCCGUAAUGUAUUUCUUCUUGAUAUGAAAGAUGUUGGCGUUAUAACACCAUACAGAGCACAAGUUUAUUUAUUAAAAAAUAUAAUGAAAGAGAAUUCACUUGAAACGAUUGAAGUGAAUACAGUGGAUCAAUUUCAAGGUCGUGAUAAAAGACUAGUUUUACUCUCUUUAACUACUUGUCCAUCUUCAGUGCUUAAAAUGAAUAGAAAUGAGUCUGCUGAAUCAAAUCGAAAUCAUUUACUUGAUGAUCUACCACGACUGACUGUCGCUUUAACUCGCGCUCAACAUAAACUAAUCAUUAUCGGUUGUACUGGUCAUCAUGAUCUGACAGAAAACAAUUCAAAUCAGAUAACAAACCUUCAAAAUUUAUUUUCUUUUAUUAAAACUAUGAUUGGUGGUUAUGAGAUUUUACCUUCAAAUACUAUAACAUGGAUCAAUACUAGGGAAUAG